AUGGGUAUGAUAAUUUUUGCUUAUGACAGAUUGGACAGAGGUGGACUGAGUUUUAUCAGCCGAAGUGGGAUUCUCCGCAGCUUUCACGGUAGACGGUAG